AUGUUCGCACACUCACCAGGACCAAUGCUGAAGUAUGCGUCCCCAGCAAGGUGUCCUUACCAUGUCAAGAACAAGACGAAGUUGGAGAAGGUUCAGAGGCAUGGUAUAGCCAGUGGUACAGCCAGUGGUAUAGGCAGUGGUAUAGCCAGUGGUACAGCCAGUGGUACAGCCAGUGGUAUAGUCAGCGGUAUAACCAGUGGUAUAGGCAGUGGUAUAGCCAGUGGUACAGCCAGUGGUACAGCCAGUGGUACAGCCAGUGGUAUAACCAGUGGUAUAGCCAGUGGUACAGCCAGUGGUAUAACCAGUGGUAUAACCAGUGGUAUAGCCAGUGGUAUAACCAGUGGUAUAACCAGUGGUAUAACCAGUGGUAUAGCCAGUGGUAUAACCAGUGGUAUAACCAGUGGUAUAACCAGUGGUAUAACCAGUGGUAUAGCCAGUGGUAUAACCAGUGGUAUAACCAGUGGUAUAACCAGUGGUAUAGCCAGUGGUAUAACCAGUGGUAUAACCAGUGGUAUAACCAGUGGUAUAACCAGUGGUAUAGCCAGUGGUACAGCCAGUGGUAUAGCCAGUGGUAUAACCAGUGGUAUAGCCAGUGGUAUAACCAGUGGUAUAACCAGUGGUAUAGCCAGUGGUAUAACCAGUGGUAUAGCCAGUGGUAUAACCAGUGGUAUAGCCAGUGGUAUAACCAGUGGUAUAGCCAGUGGUAUAACCAGUGGUAUAAGGCAGGAAGAAGUGGACGCUCUAUGUGGAGCGUCCUAA